AUGACGCUCGAGGGCGGGAUCGAGUUGAACCGGUUGGGACGGAGCCGCAGUUCGGCAGGGGCAAGCAGCUUUACGGUCCACGGACCGAGCCAUGCAGCGUCGGUCUCGGAUUUCGACCGCACCGCGGCUCCGGCUUCCGGCCGUGCGGGCCGAUUCAUCGACUCCUUCCGCCGCCAGGACGGAACCAGCGCCAGCUUUGCUCCUCGUGCCACGCAUGAGGAUGUCAACGAUGGCGGACAUGGCACGUUCGGACGGACUACCGGCGGGAUUGCGCCCGUCCGCGAACAUCAGGGACAGCGGUACUACGACCUGCAAGCAGCCAACGCCAAAACGGCGAGCACCCUUCUAGCACGCGAGCUUAAGGGACGGCACCUGCAGAUGAUAGCUAUCGGGGGGUCGAUCGGGACCGGGCUGUUUGUUGCGUCUGGCAAGGCACUGAGCCAGGGAGGCCCGGGGUCAGUGUUGCUCGCCUAUAUGAUCAUUGGUGCCAUGUUGUGGUGCACCAUGCAGGCACUCGGUGAAAUGGCGGUGGUGUUCCCCGUGGCCGGGUCGUUCUCUGCGUUCUCAACCAGAUUCCUGGAUCCGUCAUGGGGCUUUGCGAUGGGCUGGAAUUAUGCGAUGCAAUGGACCGUUGUCCUCCCGUUGGAGAUCAUCGCUGGCGCCUUGACAAUAGGGUACUGGAACCCAGACGUGCCGAAAGCCAUCUUUGUCACCCUGUUCCUUGUUGUCAUCGUCGCAAUCAACCUAUUAGGAAUUCGGGGCUAUGGAGAGGCCGAGUUCAUAUUCGCCAUUGUGAAGGUCACGGCUGUCAUCGCGUUCAUCCUCUUAGGGAUCGUGAUCAACAUUGGUGGCACUCCAACAGGCGGCUACAUAGGGGGCACAUACUGGCAAGACCCCGGCGCCUUCAACAACGGUUUUAAAGGCCUCUGUGGCGUCUUUGUGACCGCAGCCUUCGCCUUCGCGGGAACCGAACUUGUCGGUCUGGCAGCCGCCGAAACCGCCAACCCGCGCAAGUCCCUCCCGACGGCCAUUAAGCAAGUGUUCUGGCGCAUCACGCUCUUCUACAUCGUCUCGCUCACCCUCGUUGGCCUGCUGGUCCCCUACACUGAACCGCGUCUGCUCGGAGCCACCAACAUCGCCGACGCCACGGCCAGCCCCUUCGUGAUCGCGAUCGAGAGCGCCGGCGCGACCAUCCUGCCCAGCGUCAUGAACGGCGUCAUCCUCGUGUCGGUCAUCUCGGUCGGCAACUCGUCCGUCUUCGGCGCCUCGCGCACCCUGGCCGCGCUGGCCGAGCAGGGCCAGGCGCCCAAGAUCUUGGCCUACGUCGACCGCCGCGGCCGCCCGCUCGUCGCCCUCCUGGCCGUGUCGAGCGCCGGCCUGCUGGCCUACCUCGUCAACUUCCGCCACCACAGCCGCGUCUUCGACUGGCUGCUGGCCGUCAGCGGCCUGAGCACCGUCUUUACCUGGGCGAGCACCUGCCUCGCGCACAUCCGGCUGCGCCGGGCGUGGGCGUAUCGCCACCGGCGCGUGUCGGACAUGGCGUUUCGUGCCCAGGCGGGAGUGGCUGGGAGCUGGAUCGGGCUGGGUUGCAAUCUGUUUGUUUUGGCGUCGCAGUUAUGGGUGGCUGUUUCGCCGCUACCGCUGCAUGGUGGCGAGAAACCGCAGAGUGCGGCUGAUUUGGCGCAGAACUUUUUUGUAGAUUGUCUGGCGCUCCCGGUGGUGUUGGUGUUUUACCUGGGACAUAAGCUCUGGUUUAGGACGAGCUUUGUGAAGGUGGAAGAGAUGGAUAUCGAUACCGGGCGCAGAGACUUUGGCAGGCUGGGCAUCAUCAAGGCCCAGGAGGAUGAAGAGCGGCAGACAUGGCCUAAGUGGAAGAGGCUAUAUAGGUAUAUCUGCUGA